AUUUUGAAAAUUUAUAAGAAACUGUCUACUGGAACUUUCUAGAUAGCUGAGUUUCUGUUUAGGGUGCCAGUGACUCAUAAGAUGAAGACUGUCCCCCGAUCUCUUCUCCUCCUUGGUGUGCUGACUGCCUUGACUCUGUUUGUCUUCACUUAUCUCUCCAAGAAAGCUGAUCAUUUACAACCACAAGGAUCAUCCAAGGAAAAUAUUUCAUCUGGAACCAAUGACAGGUUAACCAAAAUGACAAACAAGACUAAUCACGUAUUAUCUGCAGCAAUGAGAAUCUCAGAAGGAGGACAGAAAGCUUUGUUAGUGACUCUGGUUAAUGAUGCCUUUCUGCCUUUCGCCUUCAGCUGGCUGUGUAACACACAGGGUAUGGGAAUCCACAACCAAGUCCUUUUUAUCACAGGAGAUAAAGAAAGUGCAAAGAAAAUCAAUGAAAAAUGGCCAUCAGUCACUGCAGUUCAGCUGGAUGGGGUUCACUCAGGGAACCAGGAGUACAGCCAUGUGGGGUACGUAGAAAUGAUGGUCCGCAGGUCAGAGGUUCUUCUGGAGAUCUUGGAGCAAAAUAUUCCAAUUUUUUUGUUUGAAGUAGACUGCCUGUGGAUUAAGAACCCUCUUGAAAAUCUUCGGAGUUACUCUGAUGUUGAUAUUGUUGUUAAUGCGGUGUCUGAGAGAAGUAAAAUAAUUGCGGGAGGAUUUCUAUAUAUGCAUCCAAAUGAAGCCUCAAAACAAAUGUGGAGAGCACUGACUGAACAAUUAACAGAUUUAGGAGAGAAGAUUAAAAACUCACCAGAUACACAACUUAUAAGUGAGUCAGACAAUGACCAGGUAUACCUAUCUCAACUCCUGUUUUCCAAAUAUGGAGGGCUGAAGUACAAAAUUCUAUCCACACAAGAUUAUGCAGAUGGGAAAUGGUACAAACUUUCAAAGGAAAAAAGAGAGCAACUUAAACCUUAUCUCAUAAACAAUAACUGGGUCAUAGGGAAUGCAGCCAAGAUAAUGAGGGCCAAGGAGUGGGGACAUUGGUUUCUGAAGAAUUCGGGGGAGUGUGACCAGGAAAGGGUCCAGAAGGUUGUAAGGCAGGGCCUAUUGUGAACUGACUGUAUGGAAACUACUAUACACAAAACACUUAUCCUAACUUUUCAGAAAUUUUUUCUCUUGGUAAUAAUUGUACUCUUCUUUUGUUUUCUACACGCAUAUUCUUAAUUCAUCUAUCAGAUAAAAUGAUUUCAUCAUGAACAGUGCAUAUUGUACAUUUUAA